AUGUCGUUGCACAAUUGCCUUUUGGAAGAGGCCGAGCGGAUUUUGAGGCAGGGGGAGAGAGAGAUGCGGAGGCAGAUGAGGCACCUGGAGCUGCACCUGCAGCAGCUCCGCGAGGAGCUGCCCCUGUCCUGCCCGCACCAGCCCGACCCCGGCUCCUGGGAGACAAGGGCCCUCACCGCACGCCUGGAUGCGGAGCGAGAGCUGAGCAGCAUGCAAAGACUUAACAGCGUGUUGGACUCUUCCCAUGAUGACAAGCUUUUGGCUUUGGUGGACGUGGAGGGUUUUGUCCCCAAGGAAAUCACUGUAACAGUGAAAGAUGGGAAGGUGAAGGUGUUAGCGGAGCACAGGGAGGAGCGCACCACCUCAAGAGGGAAGGAAUAUAACUACAAAAACAUCAUGAAGGAAAUCAGCCUGCCACCAGGGGUGAGUGAGGACGAGGUGACCUACUCACUGGGAUCCAAUAACGUCGUGAAGAUCAAAGCAGCACACAAGUGCUACCCUUGUCUCCCGAGCCGCUGA